CCAGAUCGGUCCGUGAAUUACCUACCUCCCUAUUUCAUUUCACGCGGAGUGAACAGAAAAAUGAUAGCUGACCAUCCUCUACAGACGCUGGCGUUGUAAGUCCACUUGCUUUGCCGAAAAUUCUCGGGUCGAAGAAAGUCCGGCUGAACUUCUCGCCCUUCUUUUCCUGAUUUCUGAUUCAAGUUAGGGAUUCGGGGAAAAGCUACAUCAUCCAAUCGUUUGUCUUCUGGACGUUCUAUUGUAAGUUGUCUGUCAUAUAGCCCAGAAAUGGAUCAGGUAUUGAACAAGGUGGGUUCCUACUGGUUUAGCAAGAGAGCGAGCAAGGAGCUGAAUUCCGUCGGAGACGACAUAAACUCAUUGCAAGUCAGUAUACAAAGCGGAACCCAAUGGCUAGUCAACAAAUUGAAAAGGAAAGAUGCAGAAGUCAUUGUCAGAACUUCUAAAGGAGUACGAUUUGCCAGAAGGUAUUUUUCCUAGUGAUGUAACACAUUACGAGUUCAAUGAAGCGACAGGAAAGCUCGUUGUCAACAUACCAUCCAUUUGUGAAGUGGGCUACAGGGAUAACUCUGUUUUGCGGUUUAUGACCACGGUGACAGGGUAUCUUCAGAAAGGAAAGUUAGCUGGCAUUGAGGGAAUGAAAACAAAGGUGGUGAUGGUUUGGGUAAAAGUCACUGCCAUUGCCUCUGAAGGACCAAAGCUCCACUUCACAGCUGGGGUACAGAAGACAAGGAAAAGGGAUACUUAUGAGGUUACCAAAGCUGGAUUCAGUAUAGACAAAUUUUAGAGUGUGGUCAAAUAUCAGUCACCUGGUGAAUAUAUGUUGUAAUGACUAACUUGUUUGCUACCUUCUUGACUUCUUCCUUGUUUCUUUGCCUAUUUUCUUUUCACGUGCUUAAAUGUCAUUUCCUAAGGUUGUUGCUUCCCUGCAACAUUCCUAAUAUUAUGUUACAUAGUGUAUGUAUGUUGAUUCCAUAUUUCCAUGGAUGCGGUCAUUUUUGUAAUCACUGUUUUCAUGCUAAACCAAAAAUGAAGUGCUCUUU